AUCGCUUCUCCGUUCUCUCUCACAGCUCAGCUUCUCCGUCGUUUUAUUUUGGACGCAAAGGGGGAAAAAUCGAAUCCUUUUCCUCGAAGGAAAAACUAGGGUUUCGAAUUCUCUGUCCCUUCAAGGCUUCAACAAGUUAAGAUCCGAAAGUUUAUGCACUAAGAUAAGCAUUGGGAAAAAGAUGAGCUUUACUCAGGCUAAUUGUUUUCGACCAUCCUACUGUCCUGCAAGAAUAAGUCGACCGAAUUGUGUCUCCAGUGUACCUAAUAGGUCGUCUUUACGCUUUAAUUAUUGCCCUCGUGCGUCAUUUACUCUCCGAGCAACUGCGUCAACGUCUACUCAGUUUUCGCCUCUGUUAAAUCACCGGCGUCGUGCACCUAAUGGGAAAUGGAAGCAAAGUUCUGCUGUGUGCUUAUUUGGUGGGAAGGAUAAGUCUAAUGGUGGUGACGAGAUAUCACCAUGGAAAGCGAUAGAGAAAGCUAUGGGGAAGAAAUCGGUUGAAGAUAUGUUGCGUGAGCAGAUACAAAAGAAAGACUUUUAUGAUACAGACAGUGGCGGCAACACUCCUCCACGUGGCGGAGGAGGCGGUGGUGGAAACGGUGGAGAGCGUUCUGAAGGCUCGGGAGGAGAAGACGGUGGUUUUGCUGGGAUUGCAGAUGAAACUCUGCAAGUGGUAUUAGCAACCUUAGGCUUCAUCUUGCUGUACACCUACAUCAUUACUGGGGAGGAAUUGGUCAAGCUUGCAAGGGAUUACAUUAGGUUUCUGAUGGGGAAACCUAAGACUGCUCGAUUGACCAAGGCCUUUGAUGGUUGGAAUGGAUUCAUGCAGAAGAUGUCGAGGCAAAGAGUUUACGAUGAGUACUGGCUAGAAAAGGCGAUCAUCAACACGCCGACCUGGUAUGACAGCCCCGACAAGUACAAAAGUGUCCUCAGGGCUUAUGUGGACUCAAACUCUGAUGAACAGUUAGAUUAAAUCCCGUGGCAGCUUCACCUUUGUUAGGAACUGGAUGUGAUUCACAAUAACAAUUGAGGUUUUUCAUAGGUUCAGCUUCUGCUCUGUAAUCAAGAAUCAAGUUCUUGAAUUUAGUCAAUCUUUGCGCUUAGUUUUAUACAUUACAUGAUCAUUUUAUUCUCACGAUGGAAAUCAAAUAAAACGCAAGCCAAAAUCUAUCAUAACAUAAAU